GCGCGGAUUGUUUUGUUGAUUUUCGCCGAUUUGCAGCUGACCGUCGAAAGCACCAUGCGUCCUCAUCCGCUACUCUGAUAAUUCACCUAAAUUCACGAACGGAACAUCGCAGAAAAAUGGAAGAUUCGCAGAUUUUCAAAGGCGUGCUUGACGGCGACAAGGAAUUCUUGUUCUCCUCUCGCGUCGAGGAGGACCUGGCCGAGGUCAAGCGGGAGUUGAAGCGGCUCGAGGGCGAAAUCGAGAAGUACGAGCGGCUGAUCGCAACCCUGGAUUUGCUUCCGAGGGAGUUGUCGUGGUCGCUGCCGCACAUCGCGCUCACCAAGCACGCCCUGCUGCCCAACGCGGAGCUGACCAACACCAACGAGGUCACCGUCCACAUCGGCGACAACUGGUUCACCAAAUGCUCGGCUCACCACGCUAAGAGCAUCUGCACCCGCAGACAAAACCGAUGUCGAGAAACGAUUUCCACGCUGAAAAAACGAGAGAAAAUGCUGCGUUCGUACCAAAAGGUGUUGUCCAGUAAAGGCAGAAUUGCGGGUGGCCGCGAGACCGUGUCUUCGGACGAAGAGGUAGUGGAGGAGGAGGAUGAGGAUUGUCUUACAGAGGCGUUUUCCGGACACGACAUUCAGGAGUACGUCACCAACGAGCAGUAUUUGGCUGAUAAAGAAAUCCACCGACAAAAGGUGAAAGAACACUACAGAAGAAAAAGGGAACAGCGGGAAAGGGAAGAAACUGAAUCACAAAAGAAAGAAACCUCGGCAGAAGAUAUAAUGCAGCGGCUAGAAGAGCUGGAAUUGGAGGAAGAAAUGUCCGGGGAGCUUCGAACGAUGGACAGGUCUGAGCGGAGCAGUGCGCCGGCCAGAGAAAUUCCGCCAGCAAAGAAGAAAAAGAAAGGCGGAGUGAAGUUUGCCGAGGACGCCGCCGAGCCCAAAGAGGAAAAGAAGGAGGCUCCCAAGGAGGAGAAGGAGGAGCGGCGGAAGGUCAAGCUGGGCUGGAUGUGGAACGACGGCGCCUCCAACUCCGGCAGUUCAGAUGAAGACAGCUCCACCGAGCCGCAAAAUAAGACUGAAGCAGCCAGUAGUUCUCCGCCGAGAAGGCUUUCGUUUGCUCAGCACCUGGAGACCGGCAGCGACGAGACGUCGGUGAUCGAGUUCUGCCACACGCCUGUCGAGCCCUUACCUAGCGCAGCGCCGGCCUCCGCGAAAGCCGCGGUUGCCGAGCUCAAGUCGCCCUCGGACAUCUACUCAACCUUUCAGGAAAUGUUCGCGGCCGCCGCCCCACCAAAUGAAUUGUACGUCGAGCAGGGGAGUUUCCGCAGAAGGUCUAUCCUGAAGCAGCCGACGAAGGAAGUGGACAGUUCCGAGCAGUGGCCGACGCUUUCAUAUCCUUUUUCCUACAUUCAGGGCGACCUGCCGAGCAGCGACAGUGACUACGAGCAAGAAGCCACUGAAAGCGAGCCUGUGGAACGGCCGGAGGUGUUUGGUGACGUAGUGGAAAAAAUUCCCGUUCCCGUUGUUGCGAAAGUGGAAGAGGAGAAAAAAGAGGCAGCAGUAACAAAGACCAAAGCAGCGACGAAAAAAGUGGGAUUCGCGAGUGCGGAAGAGGCUGCGCCCGCGGCCGCUGCCCCGAGUGCCAAGCCGACCAAGAAAAUGAGCCGAUUCAAGUCGUCGCGGAUGAAGAAAUGAAUUGCUGGCCCCGCAUGCUGUGAUAACAAUAACUACUGUUGAACGUCUCAUCUUUUUCAUGUGUCCUUUACUGUUCUUGGAAGCUCCGAGAAGUCCUCAAUUUUCGAUUUUCUACGAAUUAAGUGUCAAGUAAACGAUAUAACAAAUACGAAAUAAAAACGCUGGUCAGUUUAUCAAUGA